UCUCGUCAGCUAAACAAAGACUUCAGUUAUGCGUGACAAUAAUACAAUUUGAAUACGGUAUGUGUUGACGUGGAASAAUCGAGGAGCGUCUGGGUCGAAGUGGAACUCGUUUGGACUCCGAUUCUUUCAAUUUUAAUGCCCUAAAUCUCCCUUUCUAAGCUMUUAAGGAAGCAAACAUGGCACAGUCGGAGAAAGUAAAAACUGUUGAAAUUGAAGAAGUUUCACGACCAUUUUACGAGCGCAUUUACCGCAACGCUCGUAACAUGACGCGUGAUGAAUUAAAAGAAUAUGGGCGCUAUUUCAUCGUUACUCUCUCGCUCUGGCUGGUUGGGCACUUCCACUUCAGCUUUGCGUGGAUCGUCAUGAUUUUGAUGGUUUUUGUAAGCUGGCAAUUUGACUUAGAAAAGAAGAGAAAGCACCGCGAUAACUUGGCCAAAGCUCACGUUUCCUCGUUUGUUCACAAGUUCCAAAACAUGCCUUCRUGGGUUUACUUUUCUGAUAAAGAGCACGCUGAAUGGAUCAACAAAAUGCUAUAUCAAAUGUGGCCUUACGUUGGUGACAUGGUGUGCGAUAUUCUCAAGAAUACUGUAGAACCAGAGAUGCAAAAAAAUCUUCCUAAAGCGCUCAGCACUUUGUACUUCGAUAAGAUCACCCUGGGCAACAAGCCUCCCUUGAUMAAAAGCGUGUCCUCUUACGACCAGACAGACAAGAAAGGAUGUUAUAUUAUGGACCUCGACAUCAAAUACGACGGAGACUUCCAAGUCAAAUUAGCAGUUAAAAAUGUSAAAUUAGGCCUGAAUAAUUUCAGAUUGCACGGAGUACUGCGCGUGAUUUUUAAGCCAAUKGUGUCAGAGUACAAUCCUAUUGGUGGAGUCACCGUGUUUUUCCUCAACAGRCCAAAAACUAAAUUUGAUCUCACAAAUCUCCUCAAUGUCCUGGACCUUCCUGGUCUUAAGAGCAGCCUUCGAAGCAUUGUCAACGACACCAUUGCAUCAUUUGURGUKCUUCCUAAYCGGAUUGCCAUUCCACUYGCUGAAGGUGUUGAUGGAAGCGACCUGCAGUACCCAAUUCCAGAGGGUAUUCUUCGAGUAAAACUAGUAGAAGCGAGAGACCUGGUUGCAAAGGAUUUYGGGAUUGGAAGCAGGGGGAAGUCUGACCCUUAUGCUAUAUUAGAGGUUGGUGCRCAGAGAUUCCGCAGCAAGAUCAUCAAGAACAAUCUAGACCCAGUUUGGAAUGAGACUUACGAGGCAUUUGUUGAUAACUGUGAAGGUCAGGCAAUUGAAAUGACGAUCUGGGAUGAAGACACAUCAAGUAAGGACACUCAGAUUGGUUACCUUGAGACAUCCAUUGCUAGUGCCGUUGAGCAAGGCCAGCAUGACAUAUGGCUACCACUAGAGGGCGUUAAGUCUGGCCGUGUGCACCUUCAGCUGUCAUGGCACCCCCUGACCAACAACCCCACCCAUCUUCAGCAGACUGAAAACCCAGAGGACUCUGUUGCAGCUUUGUUUGUUAAGGUCAUCAAAGCAAAUCAACUUCCAUCCAACAAGAAACCACAGCUCAAUAGCAUCUUCUGUGAAGUUGCUGUUGUCAACACMAAGCUMAACACCUUUGUCUCMUAUGGGGAAAAGACGGAAUGGAACCAAGGACUUCGGUUUCUUGUCAAGAAUCMCRAAACAAAUGAAGCCAAGAUUAAAGUCAUUGAAUGCAAAGGAAACCGCWCGCUUGGUCACAUGACAUACAGUGUCAAAGAUUUGCURCAAAAGCGAGGAAUGCAGGAAGAGAAGACCUUUGUCCUUAUGGAGUCUGGGGAAAAGAGCACUCUAACCUGCCGAUUCACUCUAAGGAUCAUGGGUAAACCUGGAGCAAAAUCAGUUGCCAYGGCCGACGAUGUUGAUGCUGCCAUAGCAACAGAAACAGAGAGCAAACCACCUUCUAAUAUCCCGACCCUUGUCAUAAAUGAYGGACAGGAUCCUGUSAUUAAAAGGGAAAGGAGAGAGACUGGAUCCGACCGAGCAAGUGUCUACGAUGAGGCCAGCUUUGGUGACCAGUCCCUUGAGGACUUAUCGAGCCGAGGGGAACUGGAGCUACACUUGAAGUAUGACCACAGAAGAAACUGCCUUGUUACCAAGGUGAUAGGGGUCAAGCACCUGAGGUCACRUGACCCUGAAAACAAGACUAACCCGUUUGUCCGGUUAUACCUGUUACCGGAUAGAUCCAAGAAAACGAGACGUGUCACCAAGAUUAUAAGAGGUUCUUAUGAUGGCGAGUACCGUGAGACAUUUGAGCAUGGCAUCGGUCUUGACAUGCUUGCAAAUCGACAACUUGAGUGUGCUGUCAAAAGUGACCGUGGGUUCAGGAAUCGUUUGAUAGGAAUUGGAAAAGUUGACUUUGGGGAACUUGAUCUUAGUGCUGGAUGUUCUCUGCGUCUUGACCUUUUUAAAAUCUAAUAGAUUUUUGGUUUGCAACUGCAUGACAAAGUCUUUCAAGCAUUUUAUUUUUUACAGCAAAUACUUAGUCCACAACACUUCUGGAAACACAGUACUUGCUGCUUCAGUUUUCAUUACUUUUAUCAUAAAGCAAACAAAAAAGUAACAAUUCGAAAGUAAAGUAUGAAAUAAUUUUAAGAAAUAUAUCAGAGUGAUCGCACUUAAUCUGUGCAACUGUACAAACUAAAUAUAAUGCUAUUUAGUUGUAUUUAGUAAAUUGUGCAUGUGGUACACAAAUUAAAUUAAAUUGAUACAAAUGAAGCAUUCAAUACCGUCUUGCUUCAGGUGCACUUUUAGUACAAAUUAGUACUACUUAGAUUUUGUACAGUUCCACGGUUUAAGUGAAAUCACAAUGGUUCAGAAAGGACUGUACAAAAUGAGAAAAUGGGUUUCUUGUCCAUAAAAGAUAAUUGCUUUCUCAGGUUUAACUGAGGGCUUCUUUUGUAGAUUUGGGCUUCGAUCUUUUGUAGAUUUUUAUGAAGGAAAGUACAGGAUAUUCUCCUACAUGUAAGAUUGUUAGAAAAGGAGGGUGCAUGCUUAGAGAAAUGACAACAAAAUAGACACAUUUGAUGUGCAAAUUACCAUUUUUUAUGCAUCCUAAACCCCCCUGUCUUAGGUUUUUUUAGGUCUCAUGCAUACAGCAURGAUAAAAUUUUAAUUAAUUAUCAAUAAUUUAACUAUUUAAUUGGAAAAUUCUUAUAAUUUAUUUGUUAAAUUUAAGUUAAAGACUUUUUAAAGUGUUGUUUAAAUUCAAAUUUGUCAUUAAAAUAUUUAAAAAAUCACAAA